UGGGCAAUCCACAUUGGGGUCCGGCACAGACCCACUGGACACUAUAUUUGAGAACAACGUCCGUGCACACAGCCAAUGCAGAAUACAAUGAGAGUUGAAGAGUCUACGCAAGGUCUGGCUCAACUUGAGCCACUAAGAACUCGUUCUUGGUGCAUGAAGCGUCUUGUUCGAUAAUCAGGCCUCCGGGAUAUGCCAAUAGCUGCGCCCCUCAAGGAAUAUCUAAUAUGAGGAUUUAUCGAAUUCCCCGUGGUUUGCAAGCCGCUACGAAGCGAUUUAUCGAUGUCUGUCUUGUCGACCAAGUCUCGUUGACUCUUAUACCGGCCCCGCCGCCAGAGAUCCUGACGAUCUGCAAACUAUUCUCAUAAUCACUUUGACAACAUGGCUAGUCUAGCUCUUGACCCAGCGGAAGCCCCUCAAGGAACGACCAUGAUCUCGCAAAAGGAGACGAUUACAGUCACUGUCGACUCAGCAUCGGACAGAGGUGUGCAGGUGCAUGAGGAAUCGACAGUGACGAGUAUGAAGGAGACAGUGAUUGACCCGGAGUCGACAAUCCCUGUUCACACUCUCGAAAAGAAAGAGGUGACCAAUGUCACCGAGGUCACUCCUGUCAAACCCAAAAAGGAGAAGAAAGCUAAAGAAAACAAGCAAAAAGCACCUACGAAGCCAGAAGUACCCUUUUAUGAGGCUUUGGGCAAGCAGCUGUUCAAAGAGAGCCGCGAAUCCACCUUUGAAGAUCACCAUGCGCAAGAACAUGCAGCCGCAGCAGUCGAAGCAAAUCCAACCGCUGCCAAAAGCAAGCCCACUAUGGAUUUGCUGUCGCCUCCCAGACCUGUCCAUCGACGUACAGGCAGCUCUAACUCGGAGGGUUAUGCCAGCGAUAACAGUAUCAGCACGGGAUCGAUGUCGGAUAUCGAAGCCAAAGAUCCAUCUGUCAACGUCGGCCUCAAAGAUAGUCUAUACAACUUGGAAGACUACAAGCGACUGGAAGCUAUGAAUGAGCUCAUUGCGCAGUAUAGCACAGUCUCUCACAUGAGCGUCCGAGAUCCGAGCUACUCCUUCUGGAUCAACAAGACCCGAACUGCUGCCAUUCACUUUAAACUCCUGAAUAAGGUGGCAGUCCUCGCCGGCGACCCGCUCUGCACCCCUUCUGCCAUGCCAUCAGUGCUAGAGGAGUUCGGAAGGUACUGCAAAAAGGCCCGCUGGAAGAUCUCCAUCAUCGGUGCCAGUGAACAUAUGCUUGAGAUCGCCAAGCGCAGCGGUUGGCCCGUCAUGAGGUUUGGGACCGAAAAGGUCCUGAACCCAACGACCAACGAAGUUCUUCUGGGGAAGAGCGGCAAGCGAACAGUGGCACAGUGCCGACAACUCCUCGACGCCACAAAGGGCGGCUUGUCGCUUCAUGUCUAUGUGCCCGCCAACGGCCGAGAUAUCGGCCUUGAAACGGAGCUAACAAGAAUAUACGACGAGUGGCGUGGUGAUCGUAACACGACUCGCGACAACCAAGCCUUUAUCACCGUCUUCGACAUGUUCUCCAUGCCCAGCAUCAUGACUUUCAUCUACACGACGACGAAAGAAGGCGCCAUCAACGGCUUUGCCGCUCUUCGGAAAAUGGGCACAGAUUCCACAGGCGCAGGCCGAUAUCACAUCGACCCAUUCAUACAAAGCGUGAACGCGCCCAGAGGAACAUCCGAUCUCCUGAUCUUUGCGUCUUUAGCCUACCUCAAUGCCGAUGGCGCCACGUACCUUGGUCUCGGUCACGAACCUGUCAGCGAGCCCGAUGCCAUGUGGAACAUGCACUCGCUUGUUACUAGUGCCACGCGGCGCGUGUAUCGACACAUCUUCGGCCGUCUGCCUGUCGGCGGCAAAGAGACAUUCAACUCCCGAUGGAAGCCCGACACUGAGCAAGAAGCUGGCCUCUACCUGAUCUUCAUCGGCAGAAAGACGCCCAGCCCCAAACAUCUGCUUGCCAUGACGCACUUUGCCAACAUCAGUUUGCGGAACGUGCUCCGGGCUGACUGGAAGGACUUCAAGCAAGAGCUUCGCAUGCCUGUUCCAGUCCAGAAUCCCGACCUCAUGCUCUAUGCUGGUGCGGCUGCUCCUGUGCGGGCUCCUAAGGAGUUUGCUGUGCCAGCAGAAAGACCCAAGAUCGAGCAUAGCGUCAGUGCGCCGGCGAAGACAUGAUAAUCCUUCUGGUGUCUCGUUGUUCGGCAAUCACUGGAGUUGGGCUUUGGGAUGAAGCUAUACUUUCGUUAAUGGCUAUGUGUGAGUGUUUGUCAGCGUUCUCGGCGGGGCAUCCUGGAAUAGACGUCGGUUGCUGGGUUGCGACAUCGUUUUGU